AUGCAUUUCACAGAUGUUCGGAAAAAAGAUUUCUGGGAAUUGUUUAUCCAUCAUAUUGUUACAAUGACAUUGAUGUUUAUUGCCUGGGUCCAGAAUAUAGUACGCAUAUCAUGUCUUGUCUUGAUUGUUCAUGAUAUAGCUGACCCAUUCUUAGAGGCUACCAAGAUGGCCAGUUAUUCCGGACAUAAGAAAUGGUGCAGCCAAUUAUUCAUUGUCUUUACAAUUACCUGGUAUGUUGGGCGACUGUUCAUCUUUCCUUACAAAAUCCUCUACAGCACUUUGUUUUAUGCAGUCACUGUCACUGGCAUGGCCCCUAUUUACUAUUUGUACAAUGGCCUCUUGGGGUCACUGCAACUGCUGCACAUCAUCUGGUCUAUCAUCAUCACCAAGAUGCUCUUCUAUCGUCUACGAACUGGUGAGCUUCUUUCUAGAUUUGUAAAUCCUAUCCUCUUACUGAAAUGCAUUUUAUAA